AUUGGAACUGUUUAAUUUAUUUAGAGAGUAAGCUCUUUAUUAUUUUGAAAACAUUGUGUAAAUAAAUAAGAAGAAACAUACGUGUGACGUUUCAGUGUUGUGGAACGUUUAAAAGCGAACUAUUGAACUACAAGUUUCUAUGGAAUUUCAUACUUUAUUACGACAGAUGAGGUAUCAAGUGAAAAUUGAAACGUCUUAGAUGAUGUUGCGGCAAAUGUGUUGUUAAAGAUUAAAAAUGAAUUUAAUAAAAAGUUUCUACGAAAUAUCAAAUAACAGAACUAUAUUGUUCAUGAUUGUGUUAUUAUCGUUAAAACUCUGUAGUCCUCAGGAUUUAAGUGAGGAUUUCAAUGAAGAUAUUGUAGAUUCAGACAUAAGUAUGGUUGUGGCGGUUAAUAAAGCGAAAAUAACGAGAAAUGCCGCUAGUCCAUGUAGGUUGAGUGAACUGCUCUGUGAUACGGGCCAGUGUAUAUCGCUGGAUAAGUUCUGUAAUGGAGAGGACGACUGUGGUGACAAGAGCGACGAGCCGAAAGCAUGUUCACCGUGCAACAAAACUUACAUGGGAGAUGUCGGUCGAACAUAUGAGUUGGAAGUGCGCAGGCCGAGAGAAGACCACUUACCAUUCGUUUGUCACCUAAACUUCACUGCUAAUGGUGGUAACUAUGGGGAUAUUAUACAGCUAACAUUCGACACGUUCACAGUGGGUAAGUUCGUGUCGUUCACCUCCGAUGGGUGUCCAGACGGACACAUGACGAUUGUGGAGAGGAGUCCCUCGCCACCCACUGGUCAGUGGUGCGGCUCAGCGUGGGGUUACACGGUGUACUUCAGCGAAUCAGACUCUAUUAACAUGACACUAAGAUUGGACAGACUUAGUCAACAGGGUGUGGGGUACAAUUUCGACUUCAAGUUGGCGUACAAGUUUCUAAGACGGAGUGAGGCGCGCUUGCGGUACGGUAACGUGACACUAGGGGCGUGGAGGGGUGAACGCGUUCAAGGCACCUACUGCGACCGCAUACUCAGCGACUGCGAUCUACGCGCUUGUCGCAUUCAGUCGCCUAACUUUCCUGGUGUAUAUCCACGUAAUGCGACAUGUACUUAUCGCAUCGAGCACACAAAGAUACCCGCAGAUAAACACGUUCUGCUGACGGUACGGCAAACGAACAGUCACAAAAUACAUAUCAAAGAUCAGAUCGUUAAAUACGAUAGAAGCCAGCGAGUUCUCAAGAUAUGGGAUCAAUGUAACGUGGUUCAAGAUUAUCUCACAGUAUGGGAUGGUCCGACCCGGGAUUCCCCUGUCCUUGUACGUCUUUGCGGUGGGGACGCUGUACCGGAUAUAGUUAGCAGAGGACCAAAUAUGUUACUGGAAUUUCAUACUUCACCUUAUGACAACCCGUUUCAUCCAGUUCCUUUGAGCUAUUUGCCCGGUUUCGAGCUUGAAGUUCAGGUGUUGUACGUGGACAAAGACUCGCACUCGUACGUGACUCCGGACGGUCGCUGUCGAUUCGUUUUACGCUCCUCCGACAAGACGAGUGGCGUGUUGAGGAAUCCGCGACACUCCUUACCUCCGAAUACCUCUUGUGUUUAUUAUUUUCAAGGUCGUCCAAACGAAAUAGUAUGGGUGUCGUUUGUGAAAUAUCACGCAGCGGGCACUGAGCCUGCGGGGUUCGAUCAACAAAAGGACUGUUCCUCGCAACUCACGAUAUGGGACGGGGCGGCACCGGAUGCUGACCUGGACAGAAAGUUGGAUAUGAGUGACAAAAAGUCGCUUCUGGGUUCCUUUUGCCGGGAAGAAUCUCCGCGACUAUGUGAUCACGCCUUGCUGUCUAACGCCACACGAGCUACGAGACCUUGCGCGCCAACCGAGAGCUACAUAACCACUGGACCAGCCCUUACAAUAUUGCAGGAAUUGCGUCAGGGUUCGGCGUUGUAUCCUGUCUCGUUUCUACUACGGUACGAGUUUGUAGAUGUGAGCGAGCAAGGACAACCUUUAGCGGACUCUCAAUCAGCAUGCGAUAGGGUUUUCAAGUCAGCGCUCACAUAUUCAGGAAGAUUUCAAGCCCCACGUGCCAUAUUCUAUUAUGGAAGAGGUGGAGCUCAGAAUCUUACUUGUAUUUUAAGAUUUGAAGCAAAACACGGUGAAAGAAUACAACUAACUUUUACUAAUACUUAUUUCGGAAAUAAGAUUUGUAGCACUCAUAAAGAUUCUCGAACUAGUCGAUGGAAGUGCGAUAGACCGACGAGAAGGAUUAUUGGCGGCGAGGGUCUAGCUCAAAUUAUCAUUACCGAAUAUCCUUGGGAAGGCAUUCCAAUUGAAAGGGACUGUUUAUGUACAAAUCGAUCAGAACCUUUAAAUGUUCAUACGUUAACAGCUCCUGUUGUUGAAGUAAAUUUUACCGUUACUAUGAUGAAUAUAACAGAAGAUUAUGACGAUUUUGCAUUUGAGGGAGAAUACAAAUUUAUUCCAACGGGACCUGGUGAUGAAUCUAUUUGUUCGACUGGUUGGGGUGAGAGGCGCUUAAGAGGUAGCAGUGGGGAAAUCAGAUUAUAUGAUAAAAGGGAAGUUUCUAUUGCACCAGAAAUUGUUGGGGACCGAAAUGUUAUAUCAGAGAGUGUGAGAGCUGAAGUCGCUUGCGUUCACAGGCCAUGGUUGAUAGAACCUGGGGGUGAUGAAGUCAUUCCAAUGCAAGGAAGAUAUCUAUAUGUAAAAGUUCCUGGAUAUGAAAUAACUUCGAACUCUCCAUUUUGCCCUACCCCUAACCGCCUAUAUAUAUAUGAAGCACGAGACACUAAUUUAUACAGAGAAAUUUGUCCCGACAUUUCCAGUUCUUUGGAACUAUAUUCUCCAGGAUGGAAAUCUGCUCAAACGACAAUAGAAUCGUCACUAAAACCGCACGCCCGAAGUUACGUUAUAGAUUUCUUGCAACACGAACAAGCUGACUAUUCAAUCAAGUGGAUAGAAAUUAUGAAGAAGCCUUCGAUUGAACACGAUCCAGAGACAAAUAUUUUACUUGUCUCUGCUACUCUUGAUUGUCGUUACAACUGCCCGGAAUUAAACGCUUGUAUUCCCUUAACGUUAUGGUGCGAUGGUAGUGCUCAUUGUCCUUCAGGUUAUGAUGAAGAUGAUUCAAAUUGUUCCUUCAAAUUAUCAUUACCACCACCCUAUGUAGCAGCGGCUGCUGGGGUCGGUCUUCUGAUAUGCGCUAUAGCUAUUGCCCUCUGUGCUUGUAAGAGAAGACGAAGGAAAGACAAAGAAUUUAAAGCAAGACUUGAUGGUGCAUUACCACCAGAAGAAAGACCUUAUGAUCGAGCCAAAACUAACGGUGUACCAGAAGCAGCGAGACAGUAUGCAACCGUACAAAAAUAUGCUACAAUAGAUAAAUACAGUUUAAGUCAAAAAUAUAGUGCCGGUUUAAACGAUGCGAGAUAUUAUGAUGAAGUUGCACAAAGAGACAAACUUGCGGACACGAGAUAUGCUAGUUUAGGUCGAGCCGGGCGUAACAUUAGAACUGAAAAUAAUAGAGGCAACGGCUCCAGAAGACCGAUGCCAGAUUUAAGUUACCCCGACCUCAAAGAUGGCUUCUGUUGACCCCCAGAUCUUUUGGAGACAAAUGUUUAGCAGUCUGACACUAAUUUCUAAACUCGUUUUUUUUUGUCUUGUAAAAUUAUAAUGAAGACUGAAUUGGCGUAAGUGCCUACCUUACAGUUGAUCCAUUUUAACUCACAGUACAUCACGUGCUUUAUACGUUUUUUAUUAUUAUUCCUAUUAAUGUAUUAAUUUGAAAUUUUUAAUUAUUAAGUGAUCGGAAGCCGUUCCUCAUCUAGAUUACUUUGUAAAUAAUUAUAUAAAUUGACUAUUAAAAUUGUUUCAAUUUUUGAUUUAUGCUUUUUUUACUACGACAUACCUUUAUAAAUUAGUAUUCUUCUCAUCAAAUAACAUAUCUGAAUGUACAUAAAAUGCUUGACAAUACAUUUUUAAGACAAGUUAAAUCAUUAUAAACGUAAUACUAUUAGUGGAAGGUUAGCGUUUUACAUUUUGAAUACACGGAUACUUUGAUACGGUACUAUUAUUUUAUAAAUGCGAACUCAUCAUAAUAAUAUUUAUAACAUUCGGAUUGAUUAUAAACAUUCUUUAAUGACUAGUAAUAAAAUGAAA